CCACGGGGCCUGGCUCAAGCGAGCUCUGAGCGAUGUAGAUUUUUUUCUGCCAGCAGCUGGCAUACGUCGCUCUCCGUCGGAACGAAGCGGAUCUCGGAGCGCAGCAGUGCAGCAGUCGCGCUUACCCCGUGUGUGUGCGCGCUUGUGGUUGACGCUAUGUUUUGAAGGUUUUUUUUUGUGUUGUGUUGCUUCGUUUUUCGUUUUGAUUAUAUUUAUUUACAUCUAACACUCCCAGUUGGAGCCCGCGUGUUUGCGUUCUCCGUUUCGGUAUAUUUCGAUCGAUUGUGUGAUAAGCUAUUCAGCUUACCAGUUUCAGUGCUACAGUGUAAUUGUGUGUAUUUUGUUGAUUUUGUUUUUAAAUUUUCAACAAACCGAUGCAAAGUUACAACAAAAGUGCAUAAAUGUGAUAAGCCUGUUCUGGAGUCGAAUUGUUGCAUUCUGGUGCAACGCGGUUCAGCGUCAAAAGUGUCUUAGUGCGCUGCUUUACGUACUCCACCUCACAUUUAGCGCUACAGCUUUAAGUUACUUUCGAUUACAACAACAGCAAAAAGGCAAAGGUGAAUUUCUGCUCCGGUUCGAGAGAAGAAACAAAACGAUCACCACUCGGGAGUCGCUCGGGGUCAUACACACAAGCGUCUCCGAAGGGAAAGCAGCCAGCGGAAUCGACAAAACGGCAAAAGUAACACUUGAUGCACGUGUCAUCUUAGCAACUGCCAGGCUUCAAGGCGUACGAUGAAUUAGUCUGAGAACUGGACGAGCCAUACUGUUGUUGUAUUAAAUAUUCCUAACCACACAGAAGCGUGAAAUUAUAAGACAAAGCCACCAUGUUUAAGCUGCUCGGAGGGUUAAAGCAGUACUUCAAAUGGCAGGACAUCCAGACGGACAAUAUUGUGUUCCGGUUGCACAACACCUUCACCACUGCGCUGCUGCUCGCGUGCAGCCUGAUCAUAACCGCCACCCAGUAUGUGGGCAAUCCGAUCAGCUGCAUCGUUGGCGGCGUUCCGGCACACGUCGUGAACACGUUCUGCUGGAUCUCUAGUACCUUCACCAUGCCGGAUGCGUUCCGUCGACAGGUUGGACGUGAAGUAGCACAUCCUGGCAUAUCGAACGACUUCGACGAUGAAGAUGCGAAGAAAUAUUACACCUACUACCAGUGGGUCUGCUUCGUGCUGUUCUUCCAGGCGAUCGCUUGCUACACUCCAAAGUUCAUCUGGGACGCGGUGGAGGGCGGACUGAUGCGAAUGAUCGUGAUGGGGCUGAACCGGGGCGCAUGCAAGGAGCAGGAAAAGUGUGCCAAAAAGCAGAUCCUCCUCGACUAUCUGCUAACUCACCUGAAGCGCCACAAGAUCUACGCCCUGCGCUACUGGAUCUGCGAAGGGCUCUGCUUCGUCAACAUUAUUGUGCAGCUGUGGUUGAUGAAUCGAUUCUUCAACGGUGAGUUCAUCUCGUACGGUUGGGACGUGCUGAACUACUCGGACCAGCCCCAGGAGCAGCGGGCCGAUCCGAUGGUGUAUGUCUUCCCGCGCGUCACCAAGUGUAACUUCUACAAGUAUGGUGCGUCUGGAUCGAUUCAAAAGCACGACGCUAUGUGCAUACUGCCGCUGAACAUCGUCAACGAGAAGACGUACAUCUUCAUCUGGUUUUGGUUCAUCAUUUUGGCCUGCUUUUUGGCUGGAUUGAUUGUGUACCGAGCUGUCAUCAUCUUUGUGCCUUCGGUGCGAUCACAACUGCUGAACGCGCGUAACCGUAUGGUGCCUCGGAACGUUGCGAAAACGAUCUCAUCCAGCCUGGAUCUGGGCGAUUGGUGGAUUGUGUACAUGCUAGCACGAAAUCUGGACCCAAUCAUCUUCAAGGACGUAGCGACAGAGCUUGCGAAACGUAUCGAGCUGAACGAUGCGGAAGAAAACGAUCAGAACGAAAAGAAGCGUAUGCACUAAAUUCAGAGAAAGAGCACCAUUGCGCACACCUCCUCUCUCGUACGCUAGCGACACUCGCACAGUCUAUAUAGCAACAAAAAAGAAAGCAUUACGAACUAUGCAUACAUGUAGAGCUGCAGUCGUUAGGUGCGAUGCUAUUGUGUACUCCCGUGAAAUCUCUCUUUUAAUCUCAAAACACCUUCAUUCCACGACGUGUGAAGUAGGUUUCCUAUACUGUGCCACAACAAGGAUCGACAUUCCACGUUUUACUUCUGUUAGGGCAGAACAGGUAUUGUAACAAUUAUCGUGUUUUUUUUAAUGGAAUCGUUUCUAUAUUUAUACUUCCGCGACCAU